GCUCGAUACGUGCACGUAACAUCUGUACUUAGUUACACUCUGUCACUCCAGAUGAGGACAGGUUUUAGGCACCACCUUACUAAAGGAUCUGAUCUUGGUAUAAGUCUAUUUCUACACCCAAGAAUCUAGUACUCAGAUUUUGGUCUAGUAUCUUUCUUCCGUGGAACAAUCGAAGCAACCAACAACCAAGCACAUACAUCAUCAAAGCCAAAAUGUCCUCAGCAGCCAGAACCGUCACCCUCCGACGUCUCGAAAUCAUCGCCUUCCCACCAGCCUUGAUACUCCUCAUCGCCCACGGUAUAGCAUCCGAGCGAGCCUUCCCGGCCUUGGGUCUCCUCCCACUCGCCGCCUCGGCCCUCCUUGGCCUCUUCGUCCUUAACCGUGAUGCCGUCGCCGCCCUCGGCUCACCGAUCCAAGCGCUCACCGAAUCCAACAUCUUCUGGGCCGACUGCCUCCUGGCCGUCUUCCACCUCUUGUUCCUGAUCCCGAGUUGGAUUCUCCUGACGGAUCCAUGGCACGAGCCACUUAUUGUGCUAGGGACGUAUUGCACUGUCUUCAUGAUGUUUGACUUGGGCGUACAUCUGUUCAUUGUUCUACCUCAGGCUCUUCAUUUCCUUGUCAGUCGUAGCUGUGACUGCCCUCACUGCCGGAGUGUCGCCAAGACGGGCUUUUUCUCGUCUACCGUUUCCGAGUACACACCACUUAGCGAUGGCGACGGGCCAGAGCUGGCAGCUCGGGAUCUUGAAGAGGGCAACGCAGUCAAUCGUCUUUGAGAGUUUCAAAGAGUAUAGUGCAGUAUUGGCUUUUGGCACACACGGCAUCGUGGGAGAUGCAACCCUGAAGUCGGGAUUCGGUGGCAGACAUGGACAGGCUUGAUGGCAUCCUCUUUGAGACAUUAGACUUGCACCUCAUCCUAUAUCACAUAGACAUUAUCAUUGAAACUGCAUUUUUUCUCCUUGUAUUCAAAAUCAUUGGCUGUAAUAGUGCUAUAGACAGCAACAUUAGGCCCCUAUCACCUAGCUUUAUUGGACAUGACUUCACACCCGG